AUGCCAGUGAGAAAGAGGAGGAGGACGGACAGUUUUGAGAAGCUGCCUUCUUGUCAUUUCUGUGACUGGAGUGGCAGCUCAAAACAAGAUGCCUACGAGAGAAGUGCUGAGGACAUUCUGAACCGGUAUGAAAUCGGCAGAAAGCUUGGUGAGGGAGGAUUCGGAUGUGUCUAUGAAGGAAAACGCCUGAAGGAUGACCUUGAGGUGGCAGUGAAAAUUGCCAGAAAGCCACGGAACAUGAAAUACAUCUCCAUUCCUGGUCAUCCCGCACCCCUUCCAUUAGAGGUCGGCCUGUUGAUCCUUGAUAACAGGGGUUCCAAAGUUCCAGAGAUCAUUGAGCUGCUGGACUGGCAGGACCAACCAGACCAAUACAUCAUGGUCUUGGAGCGUCCCUCACACUGCCAAGAUCUGUGUGGUUUUUUGGAGCGUCGCGGCGGCACCCUCAAUGAGGACACAGCACGGUAUAUAAUGACGCAGGCAACAAUGGCCGCUGACAUGUGCUGUUGCCGUGGAGUUUUCCACCGUGACAUUAAGUUGGAGAACCUGCUGAUAAACACAGAUACACUUGAGGUCAAACUGAUUGACUUCGGGUGCGGGGAUCUCCUGCAUGAAUCCGCCUAUGGCAUCUUCUGUGGCACUCGAGAGUACUAUCCACCUGAGUACUUCACAGAUGGCAAGUACCACGGUAAACCAGCUACUGUGUGGUCUCUGGGAGUGCUCUUAUUCGUGCUGGUGUGUGGACGCUUUCCAGAACCCAGAGACGUGCAGAUGAUCCAUGACGACAUCUGGUCUGAGCCUGGCUUGUCAAAUGGUAAGAUCGCAUUCAUCACAACAAAGAAGACCAACUGUAAUUUAAAACAUACAAAACAAAGAAACAAGGAAAAACUAACACCCCAGCCAAGUGGCUUUAUAAAAGAUGGAUAA